AUGGUCAACACCCGCAAGAGCUCCCUGCGCCUCCUCGGCGGCAAGGCGGCCGCCGCCCCCGCCUCGAUCGGCCGCCCCGUCGCCCGCCCCGCCGACCCCGCCGACCCCGCCGACCCCGCCGACACGCACCCCGCCACCGCCGCCACCGCCGGCGGCCAUUUCAUCUCCUCCAGGACCCGCUCCUCCAAGAGCCGCCGCGGGGGAGGCCUGGAAGAAGCCCGGAAAGUUGAAGUUGAUGCUAGUUUAAGUGAUAGCCACAUAUCUCCUCCGGCCAAACGCACUUUGAAACAUGCUGAUUCUGUUUGCAAAGACAAAUCAAAACCUCGCAGUUCUGGUCAACGAGAGGAAUGGAGCAUCUCAACUGGACAGUCCAGGUUAACUUCUCAGCCUGGUGCUACAUUACCAAACGGACAUAGUAGUUUAUCUCUUCGAAGCCAUCCCCUCCGAGGGGAAAAGGGAGAUGGGGACCAUUCCUGUAUAAACGGGGAUAUGGAAGUCAGAAAAAGUUGUCGGUCCAGGAAAAGCAGAUUUGAAAGUGUCAAUCAGAGUUUAUUGUUUGAUCAGCUAGUAAACAGUACUGCUGAAGCUGUACUCCAGGAAAUGGACAACAUUAAUAUCAGGCGGAAUAGAAGAUCAGGAGAAGUGGAACGAUUAAGGAUGUGGACAGACACAGAAUUUGAAAACAUGGACAUGUAUUCCCGAGUGAAGCGAAGAAGGAAAUCCCUGAGAAGAAAUAGUUAUGGAAUUCAAAAUCAUCAUGAAGUGUCAACUGAAGGUGAAGAAGAAGAAUCUCAAGAGGAGGAUGGCGAUAUAGAAGUUGAAGAGGCAGAAGGAGAAGAAAAUGAUAGACCAUAUAACUUGAGACAAAGAAAAACAGUUGAAAGAUAUCAAGCGCCCCCCAUAGUGCCAGCGCAUCAGAAAAAGAGGGAAAGCACACUAUUUGAUAUUCACAGAUCUCCUGCAAGAAGAAGUCAUAUCAGGAGAAAGAAGCAUGCAAUUCAUAGCAGUGACACAACCUCUUCCGAUGAAGAACGGUUUGAAAGAAGGAAAUCUAAGAGCAUGGCAAGAGCAAGAAACAGAUGCUUGCCUAUGAAUUUCAGAGCAGAAGAUUUAGCCAGUGGAAUUCUGCGAGAGCGAGUCAAAGUGGGGGCGAGUUUGGCUGAUGUAGAUCCAAUGAUCCUUGACAAAUCAGUGCGUUUUGAUUGCAUAGGCGGAUUGAGCCAUCAUAUUCAUGCUCUAAAGGAAAUGGUGGUAUUUCCUCUGCUGUAUCCAGAAAUUUUUGAAAAAUUCAAAAUACAACCUCCAAGGGGCUGCCUAUUUUAUGGUCCUCCUGGAACUGGUAAAACCUUAGUAGCCAGGGCUCUAGCUAACGAAUGCAGUCAAGGCGAUAAAAAGGUGGCUUUCUUUAUGAGGAAAGGAGCAGACUGCCUCAGCAAGUGGGUUGGUGAAUCGGAACGGCAACUUAGGCUUCUGUUUGAUCAGGCAUAUUUGAUGAGACCCUCUAUAAUAUUUUUUGAUGAAAUAGAUGGUUUGGCUCCGGUUCGUUCAAGCAGGCAAGAUCAGAUCCACAGUUCUAUAGUGUCUACCCUGCUUGCUCUUAUGGAUGGACUGGAUAACCGAGGAGAAAUUGUUGUCAUUGGUGCUACAAACAGACUUGAUUCUAUAGAUCCUGCACUCAGGAGACCUGGUCGUUUCGACAGGGAAUUUCUUUUCAACUUGCCGGAUCAAAAGGCAAGAAAGCACAUUUUACAGAUCCAUACCAGGGACUGGAAUCCCAAAUUAUCGGAUCCUUUCUUAGCUGAACUGGCUGAAAAAUGUGUUGGGUACUGUGGCGCCGACAUCAAAGCACUUUGCACUGAGGCUGCCUUGAUUGCACUUCGGCGGCACUACCCCCAGAUUUACGCCAGCAGUCAGAAGCUGCAGCUUGACGUUUCCUCGAUCAUUCUCAGCGCACAAGAUUUCUACCAUGCAAUGCAGAACAUCGUGCCUGCUUCCCAACGUGCCGUGACAUCCUCGGGACAUGCAUUGUCCCCUAUCAUACGGCCGCUGCUGGAAAGAAGCUUCAGGAACAUCUUAGCCGUUUUACACAAAGUCUUUCCCCAUGCUGAAUUUAGCCAGGGUGAUAAAAAAGAAGAUGUACAGAGUCUAAUUUUAGAUGACAGUGAAGAUGAGAAUGCUUUGUCAAUUUUUGAAUCGAGCUGUCACACAGGAUCACCAAAGAAACAGUCAUCAGCUGCUGAACGGAAAUCCUACCUUCAUUUUACAAUGUCAGCUUAUCACCAGCCAACUUCUUACAGGCCAAGAUUACUACUAUCUGGAGAAAGAGGUUCAGGUCAAACUUCCCACCUCGCUCCAGCACUAUUGCACACUCUUGAAAAGUUUUCUGUGCACAGACUAGACCUUCCAGCACUUUAUUCGGUUAGUGCCAAAACACCUGAAGAAUCAUGUGCACAGAUAUUUCGUGAAGCUCGAAGAUCAGUUCCUAGUAUUGUUUACAUGCCUCAUAUUGGCGAUUGGUGGGAAGCUGUCAGUGAAACUGUGAGAGCUACAUUUUUGACACUGCUGCAAGAUAUACCAUCAUUCUCACCUAUAUUUUUACUGUCUACCUCUGAAACCAUGUACAGUGAGCUGCCUGAGGAGGUUAAAUGUAUCUUUAGAAUCCAAUAUGAGGAAGUUCUGUAUAUUCAGCGACCUGUUGAAGAAGAUAGAUUGAGGUUUUUCCAAGAAUUGAUUCUCAAUCAGGCAUCCAUGCCCCCACCAAGACGGAAACAAACCGCCCUUUAUGCCAGGGAAGUACUUCCUCUAGCCCUGCCUUCUCCACCUCGCCAGUUGUCAGAGUCGGAAAAGCACCGAAUGGAGGACCAGGAGGAGAACACUCUGAGGGAGCUGCGGUUGUUUCUCAGGGACGUUACCAAGAGGCUGGCCACAGACAAGCGCUUUAACAUCUUCAGCAAACCGGUGGAUAUUGAAGAGGUUUCAGAUUAUCUUGAAGUUAUCAAAGAGCCAAUGGAUCUAUCAACGGUAAUAACUAAAAUUGAUAAACAUAAUUAUUUAACUGCCAAGGAUUUUCUAAAUGACAUCGAUCUCAUCUGCAGCAAUGCAUUAGAGUACAAUCCGGAUAAAGAUCCCGGAGAUAAAAUAAUUAGACACAGGGCUUGUACUCUGAAGGACACUGCACAUGCCAUAAUUGCUGCUGAGUUGGAUCCAGAAUUUAAUAAAAUGUGUGAAGAAAUCAAGGAAGCUAGAAGAAAAAGAGGCUUAUCAGCAACAGCAGAGCAAAUAAAUCCUCAUGGUUCCUCAGCUCGGAAGGCAGAAACUAGAGUUGAAGAGACAUUUCGAAACAAACAAGGAAAUUCAAUGGAUAUUUGGCACAAUUCUGCAAAUAAAUGUGCAUUUCGAGUACGGAGAAAAUCAAGGCGGCGUUCCCAGUGGGGUAAAGGAAUCAUUAAGAAAAGAAAAGUCAAUAAUUUUAAAAAAGAUGAAGAGGAUUCAAAAUUUACCGACUACGAACAUCAUAGAGAAGAAAGAAAACUGCUGGAGAACGGCGAGCUUGAGGUCAGCACAGAUUGCCACGAAGAGAACGGAGAAGAAACUGGGGACCUCUCUUUGACAAAUGACGAGUCAUCCUGCGAUAUCAUGGAUAUUGACCAGGAGCAGAGGCUCAAUAAUGGGACAGUAACAAAAGACAACAAUUUUGCAUCCACAGAAGAGGAGAGCUCGAAUGAGUCUCUCCUCGUGAACAGCAGUGUCUCCUUCAACCCAGAAAACAGAUCCAGGGAAGACUCUUCCCUUAAAGGCCACUCUUUGAAUGGAGAGGCUAUGGAAGACAGCCUCCAGGGUGUUUCUGUUUCAGAGUGUCAAAAUGGCAAAGCAGAAGUGGAUGAUGUGGUUCCUCCUUGUGAUAAAUCCGAGCAAAUUUCCACUCUGGAGGACCUGCCAAAGGAGAAACCAGAUACUGCCACUGAAAACCAAGGAGAUGAUCUGGCAACAGAGCUUAAUACCGAGACACUACCAUGUAGUAAUACGGAGAAGACAGCACAGAACUCUGACCUAGAAAACAAAGAUGCAGAGCCUGAUAAGGAAGGAGCCUCCAAAGUGAAGAAGUUCCGUAAGGUAGUCUUAGAGCCUUCAAAAGGGGGAAGCUUGGAGCAGGUCCCAGAGGAAUCCUCAGAGCCCAGGCCAUCUCUUGUCGUCGAUCACGAGAGGCUGAAGAAACUACUUGAUUUGUUGGUCAAGAAGAGUGAUAAUCUGGCAGUUGAUCAGCUCGAGAGACUCUACUCACUUCUUAGUCAGUGCAUCUAUCGACAUCGUAAAGAGUACGAUAAAUCCCAACUUGUAGAGGAGAUGGAAAGAACAGUUCAUCUGUUUGAAACAUUCCUGUGAACUCUUCAAGAUGAGUGGGUUUAUCCUCUCAAAUCUGCUCAUGGCAGAGCAGUCUUCUGAGCCAUUCGAUUUUCAAUUGCACCAAGUAUGUGCAGAGCCUUGGUCUUAAGUGCUCUCUCUAUUUCUUUCUCUCUCUCUCUCUUGCGCGCUCUCUCUCUCGCUCUCUCUUUCUCUCCGUCACUCUCCCUCCCUUCUGUUGAAUUUGGUGCUAUUGUCUCAGGUACCUGAAACCAACCAGCCUACAAGAACCAAACAGAACUUCAGAAAAAUGUUGUAUUUUUCACAACUACCGAAUACAACACCACCGCUUGGAGAUUUUGGUGCUACAAAAAUUGCUCUCACUUUUGCUCCUCUUUACAUGCAGUUUCUUUGGAGGAAAAUUUAAAAGAAUACGGAGCAGACCAACAAACAUGAAAACUGGAUGGGGCAGUUCUCACUAUGUUGAAUUUUUUAAAGAGUGGGCAACCGUUUCUUUCCUCCCCUCCUCCCUUUCUCUUUUUUCAGAGUUGUUUUUCUUAUUCUCUGGGUAAUGGACAGAUAUGCUUGUUUUAAAGUUAGCCACGAUGUUUUCUGGUGGAAAGCUGGAGUUAACUGGAUGUAAUUUGAAGAUGAGGCUCUCUAGAACUGCCUUAAUGUGCCUUUUUUAUUCACUUGAGAAAGAUAAGGCUAUACAGAUGGUUGGGCUUUUAGCAAAUGAGAGAGUCAGGAAGCUGUGUUCCGAGUGAAAUUUCAAAGAUGACCGAUGUUCCAAGUCAUCGAAGGGCAGCCAGUAUAUUGGUCAUAAAAUGCCUGUCUUGCUCUCAGAACUCAACCAAGGUGUCAAAAAGCCACACAAUUUACCAAAAUGGUGAACUUUUGCUCCUGUAUGGUAUCUUUCUGUUUUAGAGCUAUGUUAACGUUUAAAAACAAAAACAAAACAAAACAAAAAAACCUUCUAUAUUGCUGACACUGACGACCAGAACAUAAUUAGCUAGGGGCUGUUCUUUCUUCGUACAACAGUGUAUUUAUUUGUGUCCAUGCUUUACAUUUUUAGAAAUGAGAGAUUACCCCACUGUAGGAUUCUUUCUAGUAGAUCUGUAUGAUUCUGAUUCUUUUUUUUUAAGCUAGAAAUCACCAAGUGGGACUUAGAGAAGAGAAAGAAGUGGUCAAAAGCCCCAUAGCUUAUAAUGCUUUGUGUAUAUCGUUGCACAUGGGCUCUGAAGAUAGUCUUUGAACAGCAGUAUUAAUGUAGAACCCCCCCACUUACAGAUUUUUCUCACAUUGUUUUGGGCCCAUUUUAGGUCUUAAACACUUGUCCAUGAGAUUUGCAGUUCUCCAAAAAUGAAUUGUGGGUCAGUUUAAAGAAAAAAAAUCCAGAAACUGGGAGACAUCGUCUAGGCAGUUGGAAAGAGGCAAAGCAUUGCAGUGAACAGUUUUAUCUGAGGUACAUCGUUCAACUUACCUGUGCUGAUUGCUUUUAAAAUAGUGAAAAAAUUUCCCGAGCAGGAUGGCUGGGAUUAUCAUCUAAUAGAGCUGUUAUUUAGCUGCAGGUGUGUCUUUCCAAAAUAUGCAACACAUGAUGUGUUUAUUUUAAUUAGAGCAAAAUGGUCUUGGACUACUGCAGAGAUACAGAGCUACCUCAGCUUUUUGUAUUUUAGUUACCAACAGUGUUUACAGAGUUCUGUAAUCACUCUGCUCUCGUUUACAUGCUAAAGCUAAGGUACUUAUCUCACUGUCUAUGGCUAAUGGUAGCAUAUAAUAUACCACAGCACAUGUUGGCCUUAGGCUGUUGCAGUAAUCCAAAGUUCUUCUUUAUAUUUACAUUUAAGCCUUUUAAUUCUAGCUUGACUUUUUCUUUUUUUUCCUGAAAUGCCACUCAUUUUCUUAGCAUCGAAUAGAAAGGUUUAUUUCUUCGGAAUUUUCAGCUCUUCACAUGACUCAAAAUGCAAGCCGUGUAGAAACACUGUAUUUUCCGGUGGGCAAGUGCGAUUAAAGAUAAAACAUUUUAAAAUGGAGGUUCUUUAAAAAUCUCAAAUUUGAUUAUUGGUAGGAUUUUUCACAUUUAAUUUAGAAUUUUUUUCCACCGUACCUGUUCAAACCGUUUUGCUGUCUAAAACAUUGGUGUUUUGUAUUUUGAUGGAAAUUGUUACAAACUUUAAAGAUUUGAUGAAAGAAAAUGUAGCAGGUUUUUUGUAGCAAGUUUCUGGUAAAAGGGUUUUUUGCAAGUCUCAGGUUCUUGCUGCAGUAUUUUUUUUUAAAUAUUUAUUCCAGUUCCACUAAUUCAGAAGGAUUCUGUUCAAGUAGCAGCAGCACUUGUGAAAGACAAAACUGCAUAUGUUUUUAACAGAUUACUAAAUUUGUACAAGUUAAGAAAUUCAGAUUUUAGUCAUCACUUAGUUUGAUGAAGGAGUUUUAGUUCACAUCAAGCUUCCAAAAGAUCAAGUUUUUCUUUUUUUUUUCCCAAAUUUUAAUUUUAAUGUUGUCAUUCAGCGUGGAUGGAGAAAAGAGGAGGAGGCAACCUCGGUAUAGUAGGAGCUGCCACUUUGAACAGCGUAGGUCUUGUAGAAAGCAAUUAGCCAAUCCAAAAGUCCAAAUACAAAAAUGGGCAAAAGCUGCAUUCCCCCCCCCCCCACCUUCCUCUGCCACACCCAUCUCCCCCUGCCCCUCCCUCCCCCCCCCCCCAAAAAACACACUACACCAGUUUUAUUUCUUUUACAGAUGUCUGGUGGUUGUAGAAUUGAAAGCAGCUGGUGAUAUUACCCAAGUGGUUUGACCUUUGUUUACUUUUUUGUAAGUUUUCACUUUUUUGCUCUAAAGCAUUGGCAAGAAAUAGUAUCAACUGACCUCUGUUCAUUUCCUGUUGUGAAAAUUACCAACGAUGGCUCCCAUGCGAGAGUUAGUUAAGCGUAUAGCACAGCGCAGUCGAGCCUCUCCACCUCCUCUCGCCCCCUUAUGCCCCUUUCCCCCCAAAAAAAGUUAUCUGAGGGACUGUUGGGGUUACAGUGACAAUAAUUGAACUUUCUAGGGUUGAAGCUGAUGGCUGUGGAGUUAAAUGUGUCUGCGAGCUUGAAUCUCACCUGUGAUUAAAUAUUUUUUUUGGUGUCCUUUGUAUUGUUGUUUGAUUUUUUUCAUAUGCCAAUGUAUUUAUAGGUUUACUGGAUUUUUUUUGUAAUAACUUGUCUUCCCAUUUUUUUGAUUACGUUGGUGUUCAGUUAUGGCGUUAUUCAGUAAGUAUCUGGGAACAUCAGGUUAUGCGGCUGAAUGCCAUUCUUGCUAUGAUUAUUAUUGUUUGUAAUCCCAACCUAAGCUUGAAUUUGGGCUUGUACUGCAUCUUUUGUAUUUUGUACAUUUGGUUAUUUAGACUUUGGGAGUCCUGUCGUUUGGUUUCAUUCACCCCUGUCUACUUGGUGGAUUAAGUAGACUUCAUCAGCUAUGGUAUAUUUUGGAUUCUGUAGCUUAAUUCAGAAUUGUGUUAAAUUGAUGUUUUGCAUUUGACUUCAUUUUCAUUAGUUUGAAAUAAGUUAUUUAAUUUUUAAACUUCUGGAAUUUUGAACAUUUACUGUAAUUUGUAAUAUAACUGCUGUGAAAUACUUGAAUAAAGAUGGCAAGAAAAAGUCU